AAACCACAGGAUGCUAACCAAGCUACCUGAAGAAGUGGCUUCUAGAUGGAAUCGCUAUGUGACUAAACAGUUAGAUCAAGGCAAAAACUUCCCAAGUUUCAAAGAGUUCUCUGUGUUUGUCAAUGAGGAAGCAUGGAUAGCAUGUAAUCCAGUAACAGCAUCUUACGUCUUAAAACCCUUAGAAGAAAGGCCUGCAAGAGAGACAAAACGUGCAAGAGCAACUAGCUUUACAACCAACACAGCUACUAAAGGUCCAGAUACCUAUGAGAGCAAGUUCAAAGUCACUACUGGGAUCAGUAAAGAGUUAGAACCUACAAAUCUUCAGACUACCUUCAAGUGUAUGUUCUGUGGAGAGAACCACUCUAUACAUAAGUGCCAACAAUUGAAGGAAAAGUCUCCAGAUGAAAAGAAGAAGUUUGUACUUGAUAACCAACUGUGUUUUGGAUGUCUAAGAAAAGGCCAUGUUACUAAGGAGUGCAAGAAAAAGGCCACAUGCAGCGUUUGUAGAGGACGCCAUCCUACACCACUACAUGAAGAGCGUCCAAAGAAAGAGAAAUCCUUAAUGCCCAGAGAUACUGAGGAAGAAAAGAAAGUAUCAGUAUUCUCUUGCAGAGUGAGGGAAGGAGAAAUCAAUGGCACAUCAAUGGUUGUACCAGUGUGCAUUUCAAAUCCUAAAAGGAAGAACAAGAAGGUAUACGCCUAUGCACUACUGGAUGCUCAGAGUGAUGUCACCUUCAUUGAUCAAGAAAUCUGCAAGAAAUUACAAGUGGCUACAGAACCAGUGAAACUCAAACUCACCACAAUGACGGGAAGAGACACAUUGGUGAACAGUCAAAGAGUCAAAGGACUGAGAGUUAGAGGACUUCAUUCAAACUGCAUAUUAGAUCUACCUCCAGCUUAUACAAAAGACGACAUACCUCUAGAUGGAGACCGCAUACCUACCUGUGAAACAGCCAACAAAUGGGAGCACCUACCUGUCAUAUCCCAUGAAAUGUCCCCGCUGAAGGAGUUUGGUGUUGGACUGCUGAUAGGUUACGACUGUCCUGAGGCGUUGGUACCACGAAAGGUAAUCACAGGCGGAAAGGGUGAACCCUACGCAGUUCAAACUGAUCUAGGAUGGGGUGUUGUUGGAGGAAAACAGCAGAUUGCAAACUCAAGACAGGUGACAGGAUUGUGUCAUCGAAUAUCCCUCCUAGAGCUACCAACUGUAAGUCCAGCGAAAGUAAUCAAGAUCCUAGAAUCCGACUUUGCAGACGUAAGUUCUAGUGAAAAGAGUGUAUCCCAAGAGGACAUAAAGUUUGUACACACUCUAGAAGAUAAUAUUCAGCAAAAUCAACAAGGUCAUCUUGAAAUGCCCUUACCCUUUAGAGAACGACCUCAUCUGCCAAACAACAGAGUUCUUGCCCUAGUAAGAUUGAAAGGCUUAAAGAAAAGGAUGGGAAGAAAUCCCAAACUCAAGGAUGAUUAUUUGAAAUUCACGAAAGACAUCCUCAAAGAAGGACAUGCAGAGAAAGUUGAUAGUCAGCCUAAAGAAGGAGAGGUGUGGUACAUACCACAUCAAGGUGUCUAUCACCCAAAGAAACCAGAUAAGAUCAGAGUAGUUUUUGAUUGCUCAGCAAAGUACAAUGAUGUUGCAUUGAAUGAUCAUCUACUAAAAGGACCAGAUCUUACAAACACUCUACCUGGAGUACUCUGUAGAUUUAGAAAGUAUCCCGUAGCAGUCAUGUGUGACGUUGAAAAGAUGUUCCACCAGUUUCAUGUGAAGAAUGAAGAUAGAGACUUUCUGAGGUUUCUAUUGUGGGAGGACGGAGAUAUAGAUACAGAGCCAGCAGAAUACAGGAUGAAAGUACACUUGUUUGGAGCAGCAUCAUCUCCAGGUUGUGCCAAUUAUGGUAUGAAGUAUCUGGCCAAACAGAAUGAAAAGGAUUGUCCAUCAGCAGCAAAUUUUCUGAAGAAAAACUUUUAUGUAGAUGAUGGUCUUAUAAGUCUAGAGUCCACAGAAUCUGCAAUUCAAUUGGUGAAAGAAAGCCAAGAGUUAUGCGCAAGGGGAAACCUUCGUCUUCACAAAUUCAUCUCAAACAACAGAGAGGUACUGGAAUCCAUCAGUGACUCUGAACGUGCAUCAACAAUGAAGAAUGUAGAUCUUAACUAUGAUCAUCUUCCAGUUCAGAAUGUACUCGGAUUGGGAUGGAAUGUAGAAGAUGAUAAUUUCUUCUUUGAAGUAUCCAUUGAAGAGAAAGUUCCAACUAGACGUACCAUUCUUUCCACAGUGGCUUCAAUAUAUGAUCCAUUGGGAUUCUUGGCACCAGUAAUUCUCAAAGCAAAAGAAAUGCUGCAAGAAUUAUGCAGACAGAAAUUGGAAUGGGAUGAACCCAUACCCGAAAGCUUGAGGCCAAGGUGGGAGAGUUGGAUAAGAGACUUGCAAAAUUCUCUUAUUUCUCUUAUUCGGAUACCCAGAUGUUUUGUACCUCCUGAUUUCAGAAAGUACAAGAAAAUAGAACUUCAUCACUUUUCAGAUGCCAGUAGUCAUGGUUAUGGUCAGUGCUCCUACAUCAGAGUGAUAGGAGAAGAAAAGAUACACUGUGCCCUGGUUAUGGGAAAGGCCAGAGUCGCACCAAACAGUAUUCAGACAAUACCAAGACUUGAACUGACAGCAGCUGUCGUUUCAGCAUCAGUAAGCCAGUUUCUGAAAGAAUUGGAAUUGAAAAUAGAUGAAGAGUAUUUUUGGACAGACUCACAAGUUGUCCUAGGAUACAUAAACAAUGACGCUCGAAGAUUCCACAUCUUUGUCGCCAACAGAGUCCAGAAAAUUCGAGGAACAACAAAUCCAGAACAUUGGCAUUAUAUUGACACAAAGCAUAACCCAGCAGAUCAUGCUUCAAGAGGCCUGAAUGUAACAGAAUUGAAGAAUUCAAACUGGUUCACCGGUCCAGAGUUCCUUUGGGAAAAGGAAAUUAUACCCAGUGAAGGUUAUACAGAACUGUCUAUGGGUGAUCCAGAAGUAAAGGUUGUUCAAACAUUGAGCACUGCCGCCAAGUGUCAAGAUGACAUACUUGAAAGACUAGCCGGAUGUUCAAAGUGGAAUACAGUCAUAAACGUAGUAGCUCGAAUUCAACGGUUGGCAAAAGGAAUCAGAAAGAAGGAAUCGUUGAAUGUAGAGGAAAGAAUGAAAGCUGAAGAAACAGUCAUAAGACUCAUUCAACAGAGAUUGUACAGUGAAGAAUUGAAGAGACUUAAUCAAAGACCUAAAAGGCUUCCAAACAACCACCCAUUGUACAAGCUUAAUCUUGUUCUGCAGGAUGGUAUACUGAAGGUGGGAGGGAGACUGGAAAAUGCAUCGUUACCUGGCAGAGUUAAGCAUCCAGCAAUUCUACCCAAAAAUUCUACCUUCACAAGAUUGAUUAUUGAUCACUACCACAACGGAUCCUUGCAUCAAGGAAGAAACUUUACCCAAAACUGUUUGAGAGAAGGUGGUUACUGGAUAGUGAAAGGAAGCAAAGUUAUAGCAAAGUACAUAAGUAAAUGUGUAACCUGCAGAAAGACACGUAGACCUACAGAAGAACAAAGAAUGGCUGAUCUACCGGCUGAUCGUGUGAACCCAUCACCACCAUUUCUUUAUAGCGGAAUGGAUUGUUUUGGCCCAUUUAUCACCAAACAGAACCGCAAGGAGUACAAGAGAUAUGGACUAAUAUUUACAUGUCUAAGCUCCAGAGCAAUUCACCUGGAAAUGUUGGAAGAUAUGUCAACUGAUGCAUUCAUCAAUGCCUUAAGAUGUUUCAUAGCCAUUAGAGGUACUGUCAGAGAGCUUAGAUCUGACCAAGGAUCUAAUUUUGUUGGAGCAAAGAAUGAAUUGAACAAGGCUCUAAAAGAGAUGGAUAAAGAAAAAGUAACUGAGUACUUGUUAGAGAAACAGUGUGAUUUUCACAUGAAUGCUCGAAAUGCAAGCCAUACAGGAGGAGUUUGGGAGAGGCAAAUCAGAACUGUAAGAAAUGUGCUAAGUGCAGUGUUAAAAAGGAACGCUGGAAGAAUAGAUGAUGCUUCACUUAGGACACUAUUCUAUGAAGUAAUGUCUAUUGUUAACAGUCGUCCACUUACAGUCGACAACAUCAACGACCCAACAAGUUUGGAACCUUUAACUCCCAACCAUCUACUUCACCUUAAACCUGAUUACAUACAGCCACCGCCUGGCAAAUUCACCAAAGAGGAUUUAUACGCCAGAAAAAGAUGGUGAAGAGUUCAAUGUCUAUCAGAACAGUUUUGGAAUAGAUGGAGUAAAGAGUACUUAGCUCAUCUCACACUAAGAAGUAAAUGGCAAACACCCAGAAGAAAUGUCCAAAUUGAUGACAUAGUGUAAGUAAAAGAAGACGACUUACCUAGAAGUCAAUGGAAAUUGGCCAAAGUCCUAGAAGUUCAAAAGGAUAAAGAUGGACAAGCGAGAAGAGUAUUGUUACAAAUAGGAGACUCAAAACUUGACAAAAAAGGAAAACGUCUCACAAUUCCACUCAAGUUGGAACGUCCAAUUCAAAAGUUAGUUGUUCUGCUUGAGAGUAACAAAAGACACUUGAGAGUUGAGAACCAGAUGGAAAAUUCCUCAAAUCCAUGUUGAAAUCCUACUACUGAGAACAUAGAGUUGUAGGUAAUUUUGGUGGGAGUGUAGCUGGCCAGCUAAGACCUGUCCUAGGUUACUAUUAUGGUUAUAUAUGUAUGCACCAAAACCUGCCAAUAACCUCAGUACAGUUCUUAUGUUCACAUGUUUAAGUAAAAAGCAGAGUUUGCCUAUAAUUUAUGUUUCUGAAUGUGAAUGUUAUAACAUUUAUAUGCAUUGUGUUAGCAGAAGCAGAAAAAGAAAAUAUACCUUUAAGAACCAUUAUAUAGGUAAGCCAAUCAUAGCCAGCCUCACACUGCACAAGAGCUUCAACCAAUCCCAGUCAGCUACACAAUUGAUCUGUGUGGGAGUUCCCCUAGCCAGAUCUUUCUGAGGCCAUUACUUAUCAGAAAAAGGGAGAGUUCCAGUCAGAGAUAAGUUUUAUGGAAGCAGAGAAGGCCAAAUAGUUCCACCAAUUUCAGAACAAUCCGAGUGCCAAUUUCAGAACAAUCCGAGUGCCAAUUACAGACCAAAUACAGAUGCAAUUACAAAUCCAAAUGCAAAUACAAAGGUGAAUUGCUUACUGCUGAUAUAAAGCAAAUGCACAGUCCCAUACCAAAGUGCUAUACCUGAGAGUCAAAUACAUCCACCAUCUUAUGUCAUCUGACAAGACUGAACUGUUCAACUGACUUUUAUGGUUUUAUUCACCACGUGUUUGUACAUGGAAUAUCCGCUGCACAAGCAGCAGUGUUAUAUGAAGAAAGUUGAAGUUAUUACAGAAGUUAUUUAAAGGAA